CCAAACAUAAAAUAGAUGGCGAGUUUAGUUCAAAUGUUAAAAGUGAGAGUACAAUUUGUUCCAAAAAAACACUUGCUUUUCUCUCUCUUCACUCUUUCUGACACUCUGUCUUCCACACUGCCUCACUCUCCUUUUAGUCUUGGAAUCCAUUUUUACGCAUCAUUUUAUUCACAUUCUUACUAUAAUUCUCCAUUUUUUUCUUGUAAUUCACUCCUUAAUUACUUCUUUUUUCUAAUAUCUACUGUUAAUUGCUAAAACCCUUUGUUUUUAUCAUCUUUGUUUUUUUGCACCUUUCCCAAAAAAAAAAAAAAAAAAAGGCAACCCUUCAAGCUAAAAACCCUUCUAUUAAUCCCUAAAACAUCAUUUUAUGCUCUUAAUAUUAAUUUAACUUUGAAAAACAGUUUUUCUUUGCUAAAAAUUGCAAAUUUUACAGAUCUAAUAUCUCAAAAUACCAAAGAACCCUGCUUUCUUUAAAAGGGUUUUAGCAGCUUCUUUUUGUAAAGAUUGGAAUUUUUUUUUUCUUUUUGAUAAACCCUUUAUUUUUCUCUUAUACUAGUAUUUAAUUUUGAUGUUGGUGGGUUUUUCACAUUGGGUUUUUUUACAAUUUAUUUGCCAAUUUUAGCAAAAUGUUGAAAACCCCUUCAAAAUUUGUAAAUCAUGCUAAUUCCAUAAAAUUCGAAAGAAAAUUACUUGUUUUCUGAAGUUAAUCUUCCUCCAUAAGUGUGGAAUUCAUUUACAUGAAGGUGGAUUUUCACAGAAAAACUCAGAGAAGAAGAAGUUCAAAAGAGGAAGAUGAUUCAGCUUUUGUUCCUUGUUCUUUGUGUAGAAAUUGGGGUUGCUUUCUUCUUGUUAGUGAAAGUGGGGCCAUUAAGAGAGCUUGUAAUGAAAAGCUUGGACCAGGUGAAAUUAGGGAGAGGACCAGCAACAGUGAAAACAAUUGCUGGUACAAUGUCUGUGAUAUUUAUGUUUCAUUUGAUGAAUAUUUUGAAGAUCCAAAAUAAGGGUAAUAAGCUUGGUACUAUGUCACCUAUGGAUCAAGUUUUGUGGAGGACUCAUUUGCUUGAGGCUUCACUUAUGGGCUUCACUUUAUUUCUUGGCUUCUUAAUUGAACGUAUGCACCAUUAUCUCCGGAAACUCAUCAAUAUUAGAAGCAAGGUUGGAGCAUCAAAAGAGGAAUUAGAGAAGAUUGAAAAAGAAAAGCAACAGCUGAAGGAGAAGGAGGAGAAGGCUUCAAAGGAAAUAACAACGCUGCAGAACGAGCUAUCAAAGCUGACGGAGGAAAUAAAGAAGCUAAAGGUGGAAUCACAAGAGAAAGACAAGACGAUCGAGACUGCUGAUGCUCAUGUAGUCGCCCUUCAGAAACAGGCGGCUGAUUUGCUGCUCGAGUAUGACCGACUACUAGAAGAUAAUCAAAACCUUCAGACCCAAGUUCAAAAAAGGUGACGGAAGGAUUUUGACAAGAACUUAGAAUUUAAGUCCAUACAAACAUUUUGAUUUUGAUAUUCAUAUGGUUAAGGCUUCCAUUGCCAAAACCUGUAUUUUCUAUAUUCAGCUGGACAGAAACAAUUAAGGAUUUCCCUUCUUUUGGGGCAUGGUGUUUGGGGGUUAGAAUGAAGGGAUGGAACCAGGUUAUUAGAUGGUUUUGGUGUCGGCGGUGCUAAUUUUUUUUUUUUUUUAUUUACAAAUAUAUAUGUUUUGUAUGAUAAAAACAGGUCUUUCUUUUUAUUCAUACAAAAUAUAUGUUAAUGCUCGCAAGCAAUCACAUUUCCAUACUAAA